ACUGCGAAAUUUAUUGAAUUUUCUCACCAAAAUGUAUCUCAUGUACACCAUCAACGAAAGCGGCAACCGCGUGUACACUUUGAAGAAACGCACCGAAGAUGGUCGUCCGACCUUGUCGGCCCAUCCAGCCCGUUUCUCUCCGGAAGAUAAGUACUCCCGCCAGCGCAUUACCAUCAAGAAGCGCUUUAGUCUGCUGCUCACACAGAAGCCUGAGCCCGUGUACUAAGACAGAGCAGAGUUGAAUUUUAAUUAGGGUACAUGUGUAUUUACAAAUAAUAAGUUUACAAAUUUUCAAUGAA